AUGUCCUUCCGUCGCCGCGUCAAAAACGCAAUCCGCCGUCUGCUCGGUCGCCCUCCGGCGAUCACCGCUGCUGCUGAGGCAGCAACUUCGACUGCACCUCCGCCGCAGUCACCACCAAGUCCACCGCCGUCGCCGCCGCACUGCCAGAUGCACUGCCGGAAGUACCCGUGCAGGGAGAUGCAUCGCCGCUGCGCGGAGGGGGAGUGGGACUACUCCAACUUCCCGGAGAUGGCACUGUGCCAUUGCUGUAAAAAGUCAUUCUCAACCACCACCACCAUUGGUUGCCGCCUCUUUUGGUUCUCUUCGCUCCGGUCUCCUGUCUCUCAAUCACUUUCUCUCCUCUCGCCAAUCCUCCUCCAUCACAACCUCGCCGAUGAGGUGUUGUCGCAUACGGGUCUCGGCUUCGGUCCUCUGUUCCCGCCCUCUGGGCUUAAAGAGCCCCCAGCAGUAAGUCCGCGGGUCAACGCACCGUUGGGGUCUAGUAAGCCGCGACUGAAAACAAUGGCUGAAGCUAAGACGGACUUGAAAGAGAUCAAGUCAAUGUACAUGUCCAAGCUAUAUCAUUUAUCAUUCCUUACUCAAACCAAAGUGACGGGCAAUCCGCACCAUUUUCCCACUGUGACUAGACUUCCGGGCAAUGCAUCAGCACAGACGUACAUGCUGGUUCCUCUACCUGUCUCAAGUGCCCUUCAGCGCCGCCAAGAGUAUCCUAGGCUUUUUCUAACCAAGAAGCGUCCGUCAUACUUUUAA